AUGCCGAAGUCGACAAGGGGCCGAAAACCGAGGGCUUGCGACUCGUGUCGCAGAAAGAAGAUCCAGUGUGACCGGGCUGUACCGCAGUGCAAUUACUGCCAGCAUCAUGGCUUGACGUGUUCCUACAACGAAGCUGCAAAGACAGAGGGAUCCAGAGUUCGAUCUCGGCUUUCAAGAUUUCCAAACUCCAUGUCACCGAGUCGACAGCUUAGUCCAUUUGAACAUGAUGUGGAAGUUAGCCCUCGUGCGAGCGAUGCUCAUGACCGCAAUCCAACUUAUCUAGAGGGCUUGCGAUUGGUCAAUGGCGAUCCGUUCUUCAGUCUGCAAGGUCAGCAAUGGAUCAGAAGCAGAACAGGCUCAACCAUUUCAUCAAAUAUCAUCGACAAGUACCGUCUGCCUUACCUAUGCUCCACAAGACCCCCUCUAGCGAAUGAUAAUCACAAGAUUCUAAAGCUUCCCGAUCGUCAGAUUGUCGAGGAGCUAGCAGUCCGGUUUUGUUCAUCUACCCAGUCUCUUGUCUUCCCACUGCUAAGUCUUCAGCGCUUCACAACGAUAACCCUGCCUCUCGCAUACAACUCUGUCACUAAACGGCAUACCACUAGUGCCAAGUGUUGUGCGUACGGAGUGCUGAUUAUGUGCGACAUCUUUGGCCUAGACCCAGGCGACACACUGGCUGAUAUUAGUUGCUGGUGUCAACGAUAUGCUUUGGAAAUCGAAGGUUCGAUACCCGUGAUCUUACGGGAGAUGAGGGUCGACGGGCUUGAGUCGUUGAUGAUGCUCAUGAUCUUCAAAUACUUCAUGGGAGAUUUAGAAUCCGCGUCGUUCCUCGUUUCAAUGACCUCGCGCUUCUUGAUUCAACUCGGAGCCCAUCUAUACCCCUCUUCUCCGAACGCCUACGAUAAACACAACGAAGCUCACCAUAUACGUGACCUCUUUUGGGUCUGCUACUGCAUUGAUAAAGACCUGUCUCAUAGGACUGGUCAACCACCUACCAUCAACGAUGAUCACUGCGACCUCACGCUACCUCCCAACUACGUCCAGAUGCAGAGCUCCAAUAUUCUGAGUUCUAGCCUUUUCACAAUUCGUCACUCUUCCACCGUGCCGCUUUACCCGUGGGACAUUCGGCUCUCGGUUACAAAGUCAAGGAUCUAUAACGAACUUCACUCGAUAAGCGCGUCCAGACUAUCAGGGACCGAGAUAUUAAGAAGGAUACGGCAUUUGGAUGAAGAGCUGGAAGCUUGGAGAGUGACUCUUCCACCUGACCAUCGGCCAACCUUGUCGUUCCUGAAACAAACACCCGUUGAUGCCCAUACGAACACACAGGCAAUCAUGCUCCGACUGUCGUACCAUCAUUGCGUUAUUCUCAUUCAUCAAGCCCGAUGCAGAGUCUUUCAAUCAGAUCAGUCCAUCGACAACUCCACAGAUGAUGGUCAUAGAAUAAACUUCCAGAUCCUCAUCGACGCCUCAAGAUCAAUCUUGAUCUACCUGGAAAAGGCAUUGCCUGUCCUGGCCCAUGAGUGCUUCUGGGUCAUUAUCUUCUAUCCGAUGACUGCAAUCUCCACCAUCUUCUUCGUCGCGCUUCUCGACAACCGAUCAGACCCAGAGAAUGAAAGACUGAGACUGCUGCAAAGCUUUACGCAAUUGAUCAGACAAAUUCCGAUCAAAAGGCUUACCGUAGCGGAGAUAUCACACUUGGAGUUCAUCGAGGAGGUCGUGCAGGAGAUGAGCAGAUUAGUGUUGCUCGCUCUUUGA